AUGAAGUCCAUCAUCAAUGCCUUAAAGAAGGAAGUGCCUUUCCGGGACGUGCCCGCGUAUUCCUCGCGCCGGCGGUCUCCUGUGGUGGUGUCCCAGGGCCCCUCGUCACGGUCCUCUGUGGUGUUAUCCCAAGGUUCCUCACUCUCGGCGCCUCGGGUGCUGCUGCGCUCCCACAGUGACACCAGCCUGACUGCGGGGGCCCCCUCCUCGCCCGAGCCGCGCUGCCUCUCCCCCCAGCCACCCAUGCCCAGCCCCAAUGGACACGUGGUGGUGCGCACCAUGGGAGGAGGGGUCCGCAGCCGAUCACCCUCCCUCAGCCGGGUGGGGGAGGGAAGGGGGAGACACCGGCAGCCCAGUGGGCGAGUGGAGCCGCGACGGCGUCUCUACAGCGCUGUUCCCGGUCGCCAUUUUGUGUGUGCACGAACUUACAGUGCCCAAAGCGAGGGAGAGGUCAGCCUGCACAAGGGGGACCGCGUUAAAGUGCUGAGUGUGGGGGAAGGGGGCUUCUGGGAGGGCAGUGCCCGAGGGCAGGUGGGCUGGUUCCCCUCAGACUGUGUGGAGGAGAUCCCAGUUAAGGAGGACCGGAGCUAUUCUCGCUCAGACCGCGCGGACCGGAGGAAACUCUUCCGACACUACACUGUGGGUUCCUACGACAGCUUUGACGCCUCCAGAGACUGCGCCGUGGACGAGAAGAGCGUUGUGCUGCACAAGAAGGAUUGCGAGGGGUUCGGCUUCGUCUUGCGAGGAGCGAAAGGGUCCCCUGAGGCUGACACCCCGAUAGAGGAGUUCACCCCAACCCCUGCCUUCCCCGCGCUGCAGUAUCUGGAGUCUGUGGACGAGGGCGGUGUGGCUUGGCAGGCCGGACUGCGGACGGGGGACUUCCUCAUCGAGGUGAACCAGGAGAAUGUAGUGAAGGUGGGCCACAGACAGGUGGUGAACAUGAUCCGACUUGGAGGAAACCGGCUCCUGAUCAAAGUGGUGACAGUCAGAAGCCUGGAACCUGACGACACCAGAAAGAAAGCCCCUCCUCCUCCAAAGAGAGCCCCAACUACCGCUCUGUCCAUGAGGUCCAAGUCCAUGACCUCUGAGCUCGAGGAACUCGUGGAAAAAGAUAAAGUGGAGGAGAUGACACACGCUCAGAAGUCGUCUCCUCUGGACACAAAGAUUGCCACCAUUAAGCCCCGACCCUCGAGCCGCUGCCUGGUCACCGCCGCCGACUUCAACUCUCUGUACCACGAUCGCCAGGGCGUGGCUGUGGUGCCCCCUACAAUCCCAGGAGUGUUCCUGGGGCUCCCAGAGAAGAGUGGCCUCAAGAAGCAGAAGUCCACCGAUGAUGAGAAGCAGGGUUUCCUCACUCCUCCGUUGCUCAAGUUUUCCCGCAGUUUGUCGAUGCCUGAUACGUCUGAGGACAUCCCUCCUCCUCCCGCCAACUCACCCCCCUCUCCUCCUGGUUUCACCGGCAAAAACUACGCCACUAGCAGAGGCACGCCUCGGACCGGGUUCAGCCACACAUCACCAAGCCGGGACUCGGGCACCAUCAGCCGGGACUCGAGCACCCUGCGGAGGGGCUACUACAGACAGAGCUCGGAGCAGUUUGACAGCACCACGCGGUCCCGAGGCAGAGCGCCUGUGCCCGAAAACCCAUACUCUGAAGUUGGAAAGAGCCUGUACCCGGUGCCCACAAAGCCAGCCCGGCGCAAAGGCAUGUUAGUGAAGCAGUCCAAUGUGGAGGACAGCCCUGAGAAGACCGCCCACAAGAAUGUACGGAUGACCUGCCAGGCUCGCAGCUCGUACCUGUGCUCACAGAUUAAGUGUGUGUGUGUGUGUGUUGCAGGGAUGACCUGCCAGGCCCGCAGCUCGUACCUGUGCUCACAGAUUAAGUGGAUGACCUGCCAGGCUUGCAGCUCGUACCUGUGCUUACAGAUUAAGGGGAUGACCUGCCAGGCUCGCAGCUCGUACCUGAGCUCAGAGAUUAAGUGGGGGUACAGGUUCAUGCCGGUGCUGACUCUGGAGGAUGGUUUCUAUGAAGUCGACUACAACAGUUUCCACAACAUCUACGAGACCAACACUCCCAGCUGCAGCGCCAGGCAGCUGGCCGAGCUCCGCACCCGCCUGCCCCUCACCUGGUCCCUGGCCUCCAAACUGAACCAGGACCAGGACCAGGAUCAAGACCAGGACCAGGACCAAGGCCCCAAGGACACCCCCCUCCUUGAGGACAAGAGUCAGACAGAACGCAAUGGAGACAUCUCCAAGAUAGAGAGCGAGUCCAAAGUGUAG